AUGGACACAAUUGUGUACGAUCCCUUCUAUUUGGACAUGCCUCGCUUCUUUGGCAUCACGUUCAAGGAGCUGCUGGCCGCCAAGCACCCCUCCGCCUGGAUCCAGUUUGAGCGUGACGAAAUUUCUGAGGAGGAGCUGCUCCGCAUCUUCUUCUCAGACGGUCGCGAGGUUGACGGGGCGGCCCUCAAGCAACACAUGGCUGACUGCUACAGGUACCUCGAUGGCAUGCAGGCGCUGUUGGAACGACUGGCUGCCAGUGGUGCCAAGGUGCAUGCCUUCAGCAACUAUCCCGCUUGGUGGCAGCUGAUUGAGGAGAAGCUGCGCCUGUCACGCUACCUGGCCUGGACCUUCAUCAGCUGCGACGGGCCCCUCAAGGCAAGAGAAACACUGGGUUUGCGCAAGCCGUCGCCCGAGAGCUUUGCAGCGGUGGUGUCGCACCUGCAGCUGCCACCAGAGCGGCUGCUGUUCGUGGAUGACAGGCAAGCCAAUGUGGACGGCGCGCUGGCGGCCGGCAUUCCAGCUGUCAAGUUUGAAAGCGCGGCGCAGCUGGAGGCGGAGCUGUUGAAAAAGGGUUUCUUUCAAUGA